UGGGGCACUUGUCUGAGCCGAGGAUCGUAGACUGCUGCUGCGAUCUAAUCCAAGACCGCUGCCCUUAGAUGAUGCAUCGUGUCGCUUCCUGCCCUUGAUUCCGGAGGCGCUGACCGAGGAAGCCUUGCGAAGCCUCACAGGGCCGGGUGCCAACCCCUCCGUAGGGCCAUCCAGGGAGCGUGAGAAAGAUGUCGACGUCUCCGAAUAGUUGGGCGAGGACGGCGGCCGUUGCUGAUCUUCAAUAUUUUCCAAGUCGUCCGCAGCCUCAGCUUUCUUGCUUUUUGAUGCUCGUUUCUUUUCCCUUGCGAUCAGAUUCUCCUCUCUGUGGGGGUGAUGAGCGGUGCGAAGGUGGCGCGUCCGAUUUCAGUCCCACGGUGGCGCGUGCGGGGGGAUAUUCGCGCCUCCUCCGCUGCAGUCGAGGAGGAUAUAAUAAUGACGCGGGCGGGCAUGAGCACUGUGUAAUUCACUCACUCUGUGAUGGGCUCGUAGUCGCACACCUUGCCCAGACGAGCGCAAGUGGCACAGGGCCGAGCCUGCCCGUCACAGCGGAUCUUCCUGAGGGUGGCGAAGGAUGGGGUGGUCCGUAUCCUUGGUCAGAGCGCGAAAGUUCAGUAGUCCCUGCGCUCCUUCUUGCCCUACGUACCUUCUCCUGCAGUGAACGCAAGCCAUAGAAGCUCGCUGACGAUUCUUCUGGGCAGAUGCCCGAGCAUCAUCGUCGCUGCCCUUGCUUAGUUUCCUUGAGUGAGAGCGCUGGGGUGCGUCUGCCCUGGCAUUGCUUGACUCCUCGUGGACAAACAUCGUAAAGGUCUGCCGAUUGAACAGUGGCGUAAGCAGAGGAGGAAGAGGACGACGAGUUUACGAGUCUCUAUGGUUUGGACACAUAGGGAGAUCUGAUGGAUGUUGAGAUCUCACAAUGAAGA